AUGCCUCCUAAGCCUAUCACCUCUAGUAUUCUCUAUGUUGGACUGCUUCCCUUUGACUGGGACGAGGAUACAGUAAAAUCUGUGGUUUGUGGAUCGGGAAACAUUGUAGAUGUGAGACUUGGAUUCGAUUACGAAGGAAAGAACAAAGGUUUUUGCUUUGUUGAAUAUCAAACGCCUCGUGAUGCUCAACGAGCCGCGCCUUUAUUAAGCUCUAUAGUCAUUUUUCAACCAAACGGAACUCAGAAGAGACUAAAAAUUGAAGGGUCAAAGGAAGGGCCAAGAACGAAUAAAGCAGAGUCGAAGAAGGUAUUGAAUAUAAAUCGAACGAAGCUUCCUCCUAAUGUUAGAUUGCCGCCAGAGUUAUCGAGUGGUGGUGGUGGUGGUGGUGGUGGGGGAAGAUACAAUUCGCCGUUACCGCCAACACAGAUGCAACAGCAACAGAGAAUGAUGACGCCGCCUACGUUUGGUACUCCACAAUCCAUGGGUGGUGGUGGUGGUGGUGGUGGUGUUGGUCCGAAUCAACAAAUGCCGGUAAGGCUAACACAGGCAUCAAAGAACCUUCCGCAUGUAGCAUCAUUACCGCUUGAGGUGCCCGAUAAGAUUAACGAGGCUUUGAGUAAAAUACCGCCGCCUCAAUUAAUCGAGUUGAUAGCUAAUAUGAAAAAUAUGCUAAUCACCGAUCCAGGUCGAGUACAAGCGCUUUUGCAAGCCAAUACUACACUAGCACACACUACUGCCCAAGUGCUAUUGAUGAUGGGAUUUAUUGAUAGUGAUGUCAUUAAAGAAUCUGCAGCAGCAGCGGCAGCAACGUCUACAACGCCCACAACGUCAACAAUAGCGAUGGCACAGCCGCCAUAUGGUCAGCAACAGCCCAUGGUAUACAACAACAUGCUGUAUGGACAAAAGCAACAACAGCCACCACCACUACAACAACAACAACAACAACAACAACAACAACAUGCCCUUCACAAUUCAAAAUGGCCACAUUUGCCUAUCGAUGUGCAAAUGAAAUUGGCGGCAUUGCCGGAGGGAGAAGCCAAUAAUUGUGCUACAAUUUUAUCAAUUUCAAAGGCCCAGUAUGAUUUGUUGACAGAUAUGAAUAAAGUCCAGGUUCAACAAAUUAGAGAAAGAUUUGGACAAACUAGAUUGUAG